GUGGUUUCCUGUGUGGUGGUGAAGUUGCUGCUGCCUGGAGAUGAUGAACUGAGAGCUUUGGCGAGCUGAGAAACCACAACAUGAAGGCGGUGACCUAUGAUGAUGUGCAUAUCAACUUCACUCGGGAAGAGUGGGAUUUGCUGAAUCCUUCCCAGAAGAAUCUCUAUAAAGAUGUAAUGCUGGAGACCUACAGGAACCUCAUUUCUAUAGGAUACAUUGGGGAAGACAACAACACUGAAGAACAUUGGCAAUGUUCUAGAAGACAUGAAAGUCAUAAAAGAACACAUACUGGAGAGAAACCCUAUCAAUGUCAUCAGUGUGGUAAGGGCUUUGCCCAGCCCAGUUAUCUUCAAUUGCAUAAAAGAACUCAUACUGGAGAGAAACGCUAUCAAUGUAAUCAGUGUGGUAAGGCCUUUACCAAGCACAGUCCUCUUCAAGUACAUAAAAGAACACAUACUGGAGAGAAACCCUAUGUAUGUAAUCACUGUGGUAAGGCCUUUUCCCAAUACGCUCAUCUUCAAGUACAUAACAGAACACAUACUGGAGAGAAACCCUAUGCAUGUAAUCACUGUGGUAAAGCCUUUGCACGUCUCAGUCAUCUUCAAGUGCAUAAAAGAAUACAUACUGGAGAGAAACCCCAUGAAUGUCAUCAGUGUGGUAAGGCCUUUACCCAGCACAGUCAUCUUCAAGUGCAUAAAAGAACACAUACUGGAGAGAAACCCUACGAAUGUAAUCAGUGUGGUAAGGCCUUUGCACAGUACAGUGCUCUUCAAUACCAUAAAAGAACACAUACUGGAGAGAAACCCUAUGAAUGUAAUCAGUGUGGUAAGGCCUUUGCACAGUACCGUGCUCUUCAAUACCAUAAAAGAACACAUACUGGAGAGAAACCCUAUGAAUGUAAUCAGUGUGGUAAGGCCUUUGCACAGUACAGUGCUCUUCAAUACCAUAAAAGAACACAUACUGGAGAGAAACCCUAUGAAUGUAAUCAGUGUGGUAAGGCCUUUGCACAGUACGGUGCUCUUCAAUACCAUAAAAGAACACAUACUGGAGAGAAACCCUAUGAAUGUAAUCAGUGUGGUAAAUACUUUGCAGCUCGGAGUAGUCUUCAAACCCAUAAAAGAACACAUACUGGAGAGAAACCAUGUGAGUGUAAUCAGUGUGGUAAGGCCUUUACUGAUCAGAAUAGUCUUCAAAAGCAUAAAAGAACACAUACUGGAGAGAAACCCUACGAAUGUAAUCAGUGUGGUAAGGCCUUUUCCCAGCACAGUAAUCUUCAAGUGCAUAAAAGAACACAUACUGGUGAGAAACCCUAUGAAUGUAAUCAGUGUGGAAAGGCCUUUACUGAUCAGAAUAGUCUUCAAAAGCAUAAAAGAACACAUACUGGAGAGAAACCCUACGAAUGUAAUCAGUGUGGUAAGGCCUUUUCCCAGCACAGUAAUCUUCAAGUGCAUAAAAGAACACAUACUGGUGAGAAACCCUAUGAAUGUAAUCAGUGUGGAAAGGCCUUUGCAUAUCAAAAUAGUCUUCAAUUGCAUAAAAGAAGACAUACUGGAGAGAAAGAAACUCUAUGA